AUGGGAGAACCACAAGCUUUUCCAAAUUCACAAUCAACACCCUACCCAAGUAACUUUGCCCCCGCAUACCGUUAUAAAUCAAAUCCCCCACCCCAACCAAAACCAGGACCAAUACUAAAACCAAUUCCAAUUUCACCAAAAAUUCCAAACUCCCCAUACCCAUACAAUUUUGUUCCAUCAUACAGAUAUCAAAAAGUUUCAACAUCUACACCAUUAUCAACAACAACCAAAUCAGAAACCAGUUCAUCUUCAAGUUUUAACUUAUCUGGUAAUCCAACAGAUAAAAAAGAAUCAACAACAAAUAUAUUUGGCGGAAAAACCUCACCUUGUUUGGAAACAACCCUAUUAACCACCACUACACCAUCAUCAUUUGGGGCACCAUCAAUCACAAAUACAUCAGAACCAGGACCAGAAUCAUCACCAAAACCAGAUCCAUUUGGCGCACCAAAAGCCACUACACCAGGACCAGAACUAUCAGAACCAUCACCAGAACCAUCACCAUUUGACGCACCAAAAAUCACAACACCAUCACCAGGACCAAAAUCAUCACCAGAACUAGGACCAGAACCAUCACCAUUUGGCGCACCAUCUGUAAAUUUAGUUGGUAAUUCUACAAGUAUCAGUUUUUCAACAACCUCAUCCUCAAAUUUAUUAUCCAAUCUUUUUACAGCACCACUCUCGAGAACAUUCACAGCAGUAUCAUCACCAUUUGGUGCUACAACAACCUCGAUUGCCUCAUCAUUCAAUAUCCCAACAAAUUCCUCAACACCAAAAACCACCACUACAUCAUCACCAGGACCAUCACCAUCACCAUUUGGUGCACCAAAAACCACCACUACACCAUCACCAGGACCAUCACCAUCACCAUUUGGCGCACCAAAAACCACAACAACACCAUCACCAGGACCAGAACCAUCACCAUUUGGCGCACCAUCUGUAAAUUUAGUUGGUAAUUUGACAAGUACCAGUUUUUCAACAACCUCAUCUUCAAAUUUAUUAUCCAAUCCUUUUACAGCACCAAUCUCGGGAACAUUCACAGCAUUUUCAUCACCAUUCGGUGAUCCAACAACAACCUCGAUUGCCUCAUCAUUUAAAAUCCCAACAAAUUCCUCAAGCUUGGAAACAUCCCCAUCAGCAACUGCAUCAAUAUUUAAUGCACCAUCAAAAGCCGCUUCUACACCAAGAUCGACACUGUUCUCAAUACCAUUGACCGGAACAAGCUCCCCAUCACCAUUUGGUGCACCAUCAACUUCAACUACACCAUCACCAUUUGGCACACCAUCGACAACUACAAAAUCACCAAUUGGCGCACCAUCAACCUCAACUACACCAGAACCAGGACCAGAAUCAUCAUCAUUUAGCGCACCAUCCACUUCGUCUACACCAACAUUGGCUCAAAUGAAAGAUCAAAUCGAGGAAAACCUUCAAACUAGAUUCCAACAAGAAAAGUUAAUUUUUAAAUUAAAUGAACAAAAUAAAGAAUUAGUAGAUCAGAUAGAAAUAUUAAAAGAACAAUUGGCUCAAUCUAAUAACGAAGAUCAAAUUAAUCAGCUAAAUCUCGAAAACAAUCAAUUAAAAGAUCAAAUAGAAUCAUUAAAACAACAAGAUAGAGAUAAAGAAGAACUAUUAAAUCAAAUUGAAAAAGUAUUAAAUCAAGAUAAUAAAGAAAUAAUAGAUCAAAUAGACUCUCUUAAUAAUAAUGAUCAAAAUGAACAAUACGACAAUGCUAAAUAUGAAAAUGACAUCGAUCUACUAAAAGAAGAACUGGAAUCAUUGAAGCAACAACAAGAAAAAGAAAAGAAAGACAUUCAUCAAGAAUUUACAUCCCAAAUUGAAAACAAUCGUCUAAAAGAAGAUUUAGGAUUAUCAUUUGGCGCACCAUCGACACAACCAUCACAAUCUCCACAAUCAAAAAAUAAAUUUGUAGGUGGAUCAAAUUUAUUUUAUAGACCAUCACCUUAUCUUGUUCAAUCAACACCACAGCAGGAACUACCAACACCAAUAAUAACACCAAUUUCAAAAGCUCCAUUAUCAAGUUCAAUUACAAUUACAAAUGCAACUCCAGCCUCAACUCAAACUCCGAUUGCUACCCCACAACCAACACAACAAUCAAACGCACGCAUUGCCUCAUCCACUUAUCCAAAAUUAUUGCACCAGAAUCCAGAUACCAUUUUACAGGUGCACCAUCUAAAGGGGGAAAUUUUGGAAAACCAACAAUUAAAAUAUUCAAUGAAAAACUUGGAGCAUGGAAUUAUGGAAAAAAAUUAA